AUGCCAUUGUUUGAACAGGGCUUUGAGUUCCGUCGGGACUUGGAACAACUUGUACAUGAAAGUCCCUUUCUCUCUUCAUCUCGUCAUCGGCAACGUCGAUAUUAUCGUCCUGGUGUCUUGUCUCUCUCAUCUUCAUUGAAACUACCUGCUGACAUUCACUCUCAACAACGCAAGAAGAAGAAACUCGCAAAGACGUUACGAGCAUUACGUGAAGAUUAUGGAGUUUCUAUGGUACAGAGUAAAGAGGCAUUAGCGUAUACAAAUUCAUUAGACGAUGCAUUAAGUUUCUUAGCAUUGCAAUAUACAAGUGAUGAACUACCGAUGACGUUACGGGCUCAGCCGACGCGACUAUGGAACACUCAAGAUACAGCAAAAGAACAUGGAGAGCUUGUUGCUGAAGUGAAUAGUAUGGUCAAGGAGAGAGAAGAGAUUGAGGAGAUGUAUAAAGUGAAAGGUGUGGAAAAGAAGAAGAAGAAGGAGGGAGAAGAAGAGAGACAAGGACAAGGACAGGGGGUGGAAGGAAAAGAGAAGAGGAUGGAAGCAUUGUCAUGGACGCAGCAAUACGUACUGAACAUGGAAGUACGAGAAGAAACAAUGGAACAAACAGAAGACGAGGUGACGUUGGAGACGCAGGAGGUGCAAGAGCUGGAGAAACAAUAUCAUGAGCUUGUGACGGCGUUGAAUCGUCUGAAGGAACGGAAGAGUAAAAAAAAAAUCAAGAGUGGUGACAAGCAGAAAACGCGUACACUGCAUGAUCAAUUGCAGGAGACACGACGACAACUAUUGGCUCGUGGACGGAUAGAUCCGUUGCAAACAAUGACGAAAACGAAGAAGAAAGAUAUAAAGAAGGAAACGAUCGAGAAGGAAUUGGCGAUCGAAGAGGAGAGAGAUGACUCAGUUCUAGAAACGAUGGAAUUACUUGCUCUGUCGAAUCUUGCGAUAGAAGAUGCUGAUAGUGAGUUGUUGGCGUUAGCGCUUGGUUCGACAAAGGAUGGAGAAGAAGAGGCCACGAAGAAGGAGAUUUUUGUGAAGCAGCAGAACAAGGAAGUGGAGAAGCAUCAUAAUGUAGUUGCUCUAAAGCAAGAUAACGAGGAUGACGAUGACAGUGGCUUGUUUGGGCUCUUAGAGAAGGCUGAGUCUACUGUAGUAAGUGCUGAGGAGAUCAAGAAAAGCGCAGCAGUCGACAAGGCGGCAAUUAUUGCUGCUCAGGUAGCGGCUGACCUUGUAGCGUCAAAGGGUAAGAAGGGCAAAGGAAGCAAGAAUAAGAAAGGUCGCAAUUUGCUGAAGGUCCAAGCAGCGGCAGCUCAAGCUGCUCAGGCUCAAGCUGUGACGGCGGUCCCCUGGACUGGAAAGUCACCACGCGAUCAUUUGGAGAAUCGAUGUCGUGCGAAUGGGUUGCAGAAACCACAGUACAAGAAGUUACCCCGUCCACCAGGCGGGGGACACUUGUAUUCGGUGAUUUUAGGCAACAAAGUCGGUGGCAAACGAGAAAUUACCGUGAAGGAUGCUCAUCAUGCAGCUCAGGGAUUUGAUUCCAUUUCAGAUGCAAAGGAUGCCGUAUCUACUAGUGCAUUGUUUGAUCUAGUGCCGGAUCUGCCAUUAUAUCGAGUGCUGCCUCCAUUAUACCGCGAUAUGUGGCAGCAGUGGACCAAGGAGCUUCAAGAUAGUGAGGCGGCAGCGGCAGCCGCUGAUCGAGAUGAACAAGAUGAACUACUAAACGAGAUUUAUAAUAGUCUUCCUCAGGAGAUUGCUGAAAAGCUAGCAGACGUAGAGAUGACUGAGCCAGCUUCAAAGCAUCCAUCUUUGGGUGUAAAAAAGCAUGGUGGAGAUACGGACAGCACAUUGAAAGACUGGCGUGUUGACGACUGGGACGCCGACUUAUCUGAUGAGGAAAAUACAAAUGCAAACGAGUCUACAAGUGAUGAUGUUGCCGCGUUUGCAGAUAUCGAAGAAGAAAGCGAAAGUGAUCGAAGAACCGCAUUAAUGCUGUCUUGCCAACUGCGAGCGCAGUUGCAGAAACAAAUGCACUCAAGCGCGUACCUAUCAAAGCUAAAGCAACGCGAGUCUUUGCCUAUUGCAUCGUUCAAAACACAAAUUAUCGAAAUGCUUUUGGACCAUGACGUGAUCCUAAUAUCCGGCGAAACUGGUUGUGGUAAAAGUACCCAGGUGCCGCAAUUUUUGCUCGAAGACCUACUAUUUUCAGAACAAGGUGGCGCUCGUGGUCAAAUUGUUUGUACCCAACCUCGCCGACUUGCUGCUAUUAGUCUAGCAGAACGAGUCUCUGAUGAGCUGGGUGAGUCCAAUAUGGGUACGGGUGACUCGCUUACAGGUUUUCAAAUCCGUCUUGAGACACGCAUGACUUGUCGCACACGUCUACUCUUUUGCACCACUGGUAUUUUGCUACGUAAGUUGCAAGACCCACGCACGUUAGGCAAGGAGGUAAGUCACGUGAUUGUAGACGAAGUGCACGAACGCGAUCUCCAGAGUGAUGUGCUUCUGGUCAUGCUGCGUCAGUUCCUAACAGAAGGUAAUGCAGCAAGACGCCGACAGUUUGGUGGCACGUUGCCAUCACUCAAGGUGAUUCUCAUGAGUGCCACGCUCAACGCUGCAAGCUUCCAGGCGUACUUUAACGGAGUCACGGUGUGCCCGAUGAUUGUUGUACCUGGUCGAACAUUUCCCGUGGAGCAGUUCUAUCUCGAAGAUGUGCUUGAAAAGACCCAGUUUGUUGUCGAUGAGGAGUCUCCCGCUUACGUACCAGUCGAUGAAGGCAGCUUUGACAGAAAGUCGACACAAGUUACUAUUUCAGGUCGUGGGGGUACAUCCCACACACAGCAGGUCUCAUGGACCACUACUUCCUCCUCCAAGAUGAAAGCGAAUGAGACAGAAACAAUGCUAGCUGAAAAGUAUAGUAAGUCAACGCUGCUUGCCUUAGAGCGUAUCGAUCCUUCAGUUGUCAAUUACGAGCUCAUCCAAGCACUUUUGGAGCAUAUCACAACGGAAACAGACCUGCUGUCAUUGUCGGAAAAAGAUGACCGACGCAAGGGAAAAAGUGCGUCGGUGCUUGUAUUUCUUCCAGGUCUUCAAGAAAUCACAACAUUACUGGGUAUGCUCGAAGGCAGCCGCCUACUACGCAAUGAUCAGUAUGGUCGCAAGUUUGAGUUUCUACCGCUUCACUCAUCACUUUCAGCACAGGAUCAGCAACUCAUAUUUCGACAGCAACCAGGUGUUGUUCGGGUAAUUGCAGCAACUAACAUUGCAGAAACAUCUUUAACAAUUGAUGACGUGAAGGUUGUCAUCGAUACUGGACGCGUCAAGCAAAUGAGCCAUGAUGCGCAGCGCCGUACGAAUAUGCUUCAGGAGAUUUGGGUUGCACGGGCUAAUGCAAAGCAGCGUGCUGGUCGUGCGGGUCGCACGAGUGGCGGCACGUGUUUUCGUCUCUUUCCGCAGUCGGUCUUUCAUACUGUCAUGCUUGAGCAACCGGUGCCCGAGAUCCGACGUGCGCCAUUAACAUCACUCUGUUUACAAAUAAAGACAUUUGGCGUAGGAGACAAGGAUCAGAAAGACGGUUGCGGCAAAUUUCUUCGGGCAUGCUUAGACCCACCUGACGACGUCAGUAUUUGUGAUGCAUUGGAGGAGCUUUUCGAGAUUGGUGCACUAAACCGCGAGAACGAAGAACUUACAAAAUUGGGUGCACACUUGGCUAAACUUCCUGUCGAUGUAAAGGUGGGCAAACUGCUCCUUCUUGGAGCGCUUUUUGGUGUGUUCGAUGCUGCAAGUACCUGUGCCGCUGUGCUCGAGACGAAAUCACCUUUUGUGGCUCCGUUUGGCCGUCAAACUGAAAUGAAGCAAGCUCGUCAGAAAUUUGCGGUUGGUGCAAGUGAUUUGCUUACCGAUAUUAACGCUUUUGACGCCUGGCGCUACGUUGUUCAGCAUUGCAAAACUGGUGGAGUGUCCGAGAAGAGCUUUUGUCACGACAAUUUCCUAAGCCAACGAACGUUGCGUGAGCUGAGCAAGCUCAAACGUCAGUUUCGAGGGCUUGUGGCGCAACUUGGUUUCUUACCAUUACCUGGUUCCGCAGAAGAGAAGCGAAUGACCAUCGAGCAAUUGGCGACAAUAUCCGCUAUCCUCUAUGCUGGUCUAGCUCCAAAUCUGGUCCAUGUCGAGCCGCCCAUGGCGUAUGGUCCAAAACGUGCAGUGUUACGCGAACGUGACCAUUCCAUUGUAAUAGUGCAUCCCGGCUCAAUCAACUACAAUGUGGCUACCUUCGGUGCAAGCAACUUUCUCACAUAUGCAGUGAAGCUGCACACGUCGCAGGUGUAUCUUCCAGCCUCCAGUCUUGUGCUACCCUUGGCCGUGUGUCUCUUUAGCCAUGAAUUAGAGCUAUUACCACAAUUGCGACGAAAGGACAAGGAUGGCCAUGAAACAAUUGGUCUACGUGUGAACGACUGGAUUGUAUUGUACACGUCCUUUCGGUCAUCACUUUUACUGCAGGAACUACGUCAUGCCGUGAUCAAUAGCAUUGCUACAAGUCUUCAAACACCACCGUAUCACCAUGGAAAUGACAGUAUUGAGGCCAAGAAGAGCGAAGGGAAGUCACUUGUCAAUGCAUUGCGCAUGCUUUUUCUCGCUGAAUACGACGAACGGGACCCGAAGAAACACCUUUCGGGUAAAUUAUGUGCUCCUAGUCACCACAAGUAG